GCAUCCUUGAACUCUUUGGCAGAGGGAAUAAUCUCUGUGAUGAGUGGGAUAAGCACUUCAUCCUUGUUUUGAAGGACAAUAGCGCUGCUUGGCUGGAACUUGUCUGGUCCCGCCAUGGUUCCCACAACUAGAAGAAAGUUGGAGAAUUGAUGUGCCCGGGCAGCUAACCGGAACUGGGAUUGCCCACUGUGCACCCCAACAUUGAAGCGAUGCUGGAGCCAGCCAUGUAAAUAUCGAUCACCUUUAAUUUCAACCGAUGUGGCGGCAUUUAUGGGGAUAUAGAUUGAUGACGACUCGGGAUUGUCGCUUUGGAUCUGCCGUACGAAUGUUUGUGCCGGAUCAUAGCUGACUGUAGUGUCCUUUACUGUGGGGCCUUCAAUAGAGAGAAUGCCACUAACAGCGCAGUCAAAGACCAGAAACAUUAGACAGGCUAGCUAAGAAGCGAUACAAACACGACAGAACUUACUCGGGGUGGUGAUUGGGUCGUCGAACGGCAUAGGAGAACAACUUGGGAGCAUAAUCCGAUCCAAACAGCUUUUGGUAGUGGCUCCUCAUGAAGGAUUCAAAGUCGCUGGCUGUCAGCUCCUUGCCAAUGGCUCGCUUGAGCUGAUUUUUCAGAAGGUCUUCAAUGUAAUUGAUGGAGUCUCUGUAUUGAAGAACCAACUGUUUCAAAUGAAUCGAGGCAACAAUGAGUUUGGCUUCCACAGCGGAAAUCAAAGUGGUGGGAUCGUUAUCAUCGAGUGUUGACUCUAUACGAUUGUUUGCUUCGUCGAUGCGCCGAGCCUGUUCGUUCAAGAGUCUUCCAAGGUCUAGAUCCGACAAGACGGUGGAGUUUUCCAGCAAUGGCAACGUAGGGAGGAAGAGAGAUUCGGCGACCUGGUGGUUGUCAUCCAUAAAGGAUUGGUACUUUUUCGAUUGAGCAGUUGUGUAGGUUUCCAUCCGUGCCACAGUUCCCUGAAAGAAUGUCACCACUUGGCUCGCCCAAGCCUCCAUCACUAGCAGGAAUUUGACAGCGGCAUCCACAUCUUCAUUUCUCCUGGGUGUCUUACAAGUCUUGUUGUCAUCUCGAUUGAUUGAAAACUGUGACAUCUUUUCUCGGGAUAUCAUUUGCAUCAGCCAGGUCAAAUUGAUAUCCGAAGGACCAUAGUUGGCAGUUGUUUCGUCGGUUGAUGGUGGAGCUUCCGUACCCAUCUUUUUGCUUCCCGAAGUGACAAAGGUUCUCGACGAGUUUCUAGAAAGCAACUCGAUGGGAUGGUCCGUGUCAGCACCAAAAAAGAGCACCAAUUGAAUUUUGAGGCCAACUUUCCAGUGACGCUGCAGGACGGUCUCUCUGAUUUUGGUCUUGACAGUUUUGGUCUUUUCAUUGUUUUUACCUCCCCAGAAAGAAGAACCUUCGGAUCCACUUUCCGUAAUUUCCACUUCUUCCACUUCGUUUUCACCGGUCACCACACUCACUUCUUCGUCCUUGAGGAAGCGUGUUGUUUUCUCCGCCUGGAAUCUCAUGGUAACUGAUUUCUUGUCGUCGUGUACCUUUGUCCAAACCUUGUCGAAAACGUCCUUGGUGAAUCCUAGCGAAGCCUCCAGGGUAUUCAUUUCGGCUGCAAUCACAGUAUUGGUGAGGAACUCGGCCAAGGCAUACUUGUCCUCGUAGACAUGGUCCUCGUCUUGGGCAAGUCGUGGGUGUCUCGUGGUUUCUAGAAUCUGCGCUACGCUUCGCAUGGCCUUUUCGACGGAAGAACGGAACCGCAGUUCCUGAAAAUAAUCUUCUUGGUAACCUGCCUUGGUCAAGCCAACCAAUGAGGACAGCAGUGGUAAGAGAAGCAGGAGGCGCUGCAAAGAGUUGGACAUCAUUAUCUUCUACAUGUACAUGUACUUUAGUCGAGAAGCAUUGCCACCGGUGGAGUUUUUUGGGAACAUUGCGCUGGGAAAGUAAGUGUCGAGAAAGAUCCAUCCAGUCGUGCUUGCGAACUAAGAUUCGGUCAUGUUCGUGACUCACGACUGCUCCAACAAGAGUGACAGUCACAGCGGUCACUCAAGCAGUCUUCCCACUUCCCACGAUCUUUUGCAACAUCGCGCUUCUACUUGGUUCCAGUUUUCUGAUCGGUAUCUUUUUCUUUGAAAUCUCCAUCAUUGAAGGUGUUGCCAGAAAAGGUUGAAGCGAGAAAGAGUUUGAAGCGAGAAGAAGAUGGGAAAGUUAAAGCACGCUUGGCCAGAUAAAGGAGGUGGGGACAGCGGCAGCACUCCCAGUACUCCUGCGAAGAGUCCAGCUCGACCAGGUGGAGGUGUUGGCAAACUCAACAAGACUGGCUCUCCCUUUGGCAAUAAGUCCACUCCUUCGACAGGUAGUUCGAGUGGUAGCAGCACUCCUGCUGCCAAGAAAUGGUCUCCACCAUCCUCAUCGGCAAGUCGCUCGAGAUCCCCGGGUCCUUCCGCUGUCAAGAGCAAAUGGAACCCACCCAGUUCUGCCGAAAAGGCUCGAUCGAUAUCGCCCGCACCCGCCAAGGUAAAAGGUGUCAAAAUCAAGGCAGGAGCCUUCACGGCGAAAGGCGAAGAGGACCGAGGUGUCAGCGAAGCGUUUAUUGCAGGAGAACUGAUUGUCAAGGAUGGAGAAGUCUCCAUUGAAGAAGUUAUUACCAACCUCAAAAAGGAACCUUGCUUCCUCGAAAAACUGGUGCUGGUCAAUGUCAAGGGCAUUGAUGACAAGUUUGUCAGUGUUCUAGCCAAGAAUCUCAAGGAUAUUCGACACUUGGACAUCUCCAACAAUAGUGAAAUCUCGGAAUCGCCUCUCAUGGAACUCGUCACGCAAGCCUUGGAGUUCAGCAGGGUAGAGACCAUCAAGCUCAAGGGAACCGCCAAGAUUUCCAAACCAAACUGUGACAAGAUUUCCAAGCUAUUGCAAAACUGUCAUGUCAUUGAUGACUUGGAAGCAGACUUUGCAGAGAAACCCGCCAAGUUCGAUUCCGCCAUUGAGCGCAAUCGAAAGGUCAAUGGAUACGCUGAACGCAUUAAAAAGGCAAACUCCACCAUGGAUAUGAUCACCCGACGAUUGUCCGUCCGAGAUAAUGACUUGGUCACCACCAUGAUCAAGGCAGAAGAAAACGAUCCCUCCGUCAAGGAAAUCAAAAUCUUUCAGGAUCCUCGCUUUGCACACAUACAAAACACCCUCGUGGUGGGUUUUGCCGAAGGCCUACGAUCCAAUCUAAACCUCAAAAUUUUGAUCAUGAAAGGGCUCGAUCUUGGAAACAUCUUCUUGUCGGGACUGGCCUCCAGCAUCGAGUGGAACUUUACGCUAGAAGUGGUCGACUUAUCCAACAAUGCAUUCACCAGCGAUGGCAUGUCCGAGUUCUGUCAAGGCAUGGCUCUGAACGAGUCCAUACAAAAAGUCGACCUCCGACAUCAGCAUUCCCCCGUCUUUAGUCAUUCCGAAGAGAUUGUGGUUAAUGCCCUCGACAAGAACCAUCAUGUCAAGGAAUUCCAUGUUGAAUUCAAGACACCCGAGAUGGGAAAGAAGGUCGAAGUCAUCAUUGAGCGCAACAAAAAAGAAGACAAGACCAUUGACUACGACAAAAAGCUGAUUGAGUUUCUCAAGCAAGAAGCCGACACGGUCGAGGAGCUGGCUGAACAGCGCAAGCAAGAGGCCAAACCUUUGGAUAUUCCAGAUGAUGAUUGGACAUACUACUACGAGCUGGAACAGUUAGCGAAUCAGUACAAGUGCCGUCUCAUCAAGGAUGGUGGCGACAAUGCCGAGAGUGGAGAUGAGGCGGAACCCACCGAAAGGCAAACCAUGCGAAAGAAUCUCAAUUCCAAGAGGCGGCCCAGUAGAAGUUUGUCGGAUGCGGGUGGUAUGAGCAAGAGUGUGAAUAUCACUGCCACACGGUUCACCGGUGACGGAGCGUUCUUGACGGAUGAGUUUAUCACUCAGUUUCUGGUGGACAACGCCGAAGACAAGAGUGUCACAUUUGACUUUAGCUGUCAGUUCAAAAUGUUCAAGAGAUUUCCCGUUGAGAGUCCUGACCGUCGCCACAUCGUGACCAAGUUCGCGGAUACGAUAUUGGAUCACCCGCGUAGCAAAGAGAUCACGCACAUCAACAUGUCCAACUGCUUUCUGGGCAAUGAUUGGCUUGUCUAUUUUUGCGAGAAGUGCGAGAAGGAUUCCAAAUAUCUACCCAAACUACACCUUUUCAACCUCGAGACCAACUUCAUUUCAGAGUCGGGUGUGGUGGCACUGGCCAAGUGCAUUGGCAAGCAAGGUGUCUGGAAGUACCUGCAAGCAAUCAAGCUUGAGAAUCAAAAGUUCUUGUUGAGCUCCAAGGCCGAGAAUGAACUUGCUAAGGCGCUUUAUGUCAACCGCGGCAUUAUCACUGUCAAUCUCCGUGUUCGUAACAUCCACGAACGUACCCGAAUUGAGAAGUAUGUCUACCGCAAUACAGAUUUGCUCCGUCAAGCCAGACGCAGGCACAAGAUCAAGACAGGAACCCUCAAGGAACGCAAACGCAACAAAAUGGAACAGUACUUUGACAAGAUUGCAGCUGACGACCCAAGCAUCACCGAAGUGGAGCUUGUCGGAGAUCAAAUCUUCAUUGCUUUGAACAAGACUGAAAAGGUCAAGGCCGCCAAGGCGUUUGCUACGAACAAGCACGUGACAAAGGUGAAGAUGACGCUGCUCAAGCUCGACGACGAGUUUGGGGUGGAGCUCGGCAAAUCACUGGAAUCUAACUCAACCAUUGAACAUUUGAUCCUGGAAACCAACAACUUUGCGGGAGAUGCAAUCAAGGCCAUUGUUGGCUGUCUUGCAAAGAACAAUACUAUCGUGGAGCUUCAACUUCGGCACCAAAACAAGAACAUGGCGUCGUCGGACGAGUCCCAAAUUGCGCAAUUGAUGGGAGACAACAAGUCCUGCAUCAAGUUUGGUGUUGAUAUCCGCCACAUGCAAGCUAAGAAUGAUGUGGAAAAGAAGAUUCGACAAAAUCAAGACUUGGCCCGCAAGAACCGAAGGAAAGCACCCGCACGGACGAGGAGCAGCGAAGAUCAAAUCAAGUCUGUGGCCACCCAAAAGAUUCUGGAACGAGUGAUUAAAGGCGACAAGGAAAUCACUGAAGUUGUGCUCAAUGGCGACCGAGAAUUCGUCAAGAUGGAAGCCGUCCGGAAGAAGGAGUUUUACGACGGCAUGAAGACCAACAAGGUGGUCAAGACUCUCACCUUGAAUGACUUGCAGCUUGACAAUGAAUUUGGUGAUGUCCUGAUUGCAAUUCUCAAGACCAACACUACCCUCACGUCCAUCUCUUUGGACAGGAACUUUUUCACAUCUCUUGGCAUUUACACAAUUGUCGACGCAGUUAUCAAGUCCAAGAAUGUCAAAAAGCUGUCCAUUAUGAAACCCCGAGCGAAGAUAUCGAAUGAUGAGUCUGAGCGACUGCUUGAAGCCAUGGAAAAGGAAUGCCACCUGCAGGAGCUCAAAAUUGAGUUUCGUGACGAGGCCCACAAAGAAAGGCUUGCAAAAGUGCUCAAGUAAGCAGCUAUGAUAGCAAUAAUAUCCUUAGAAAACCUUCAUGACC